AUGAGUUUACUGUUUGAAUGCGGCGAUGUUGGCGAAUCGCCCGCAUCCCUCAUCCUCGUAAUUGGCUCCUCCCUCUCCGUUCUACGCAACUACGCGUUUCUGUGGCCUGUGGGACUGGGUCGGUGUGUUGGCGCCAAUCCGCGCACCUCCAGAAAGCGCACCAGACGAGUCGCCAAAUCGGCGUCUCGCGACGUCGACUCACACACCGACGGUGAUGGAGCGCGCUGUCAGUUGGCUGUGAUAAACCUGCUGCCCACGUGCAAAGACGGCCUCGCCACCUUCCUUAGCCGUCGGCCCUGCGACGAGGUGUUGCGUGAGACCGUGGAGUUGGGUCUGGGACUGAGCUUGCGAAUUCUUGACAAGAAUUUGUAUGAUCAAAACUUCAGGGUUGGUGACGCUGUCCUCUUGUAA